AUGGCAGCUAUCUCGGACCUCUCCUUUAUGUACCGCUGGUUCAAGAACUGCAAUCUGGUCCACAACCUCUCAGACAAGUACGUCUUCAUCACAGGCUGUGACUCGGGCUUCGGGAACCUCCUGGCCAGGCAGCUGGUUGAUCGGGGCAUGCAGGUGCUGGCUGCUUGCUUCACUGAGGAAGGGGCCCAGAAGCUUCAGCAAGACACCUCCUAUCGGCUGCAGACCACCCUACUGGAUGUCACCAAGACGGAGAGCAUCAAAGCGGCAGCCCAGUGGGUGAGGGACCAAGUGGGUGAACAAGGCCUCUGGGCCCUGGUGAACAACGCUGGUGUGGGCCUGCCCAGUGGUCCCAAUGAAUGGCUGACCAAGGAGGACUUUGUGAAGGUGAUCAACGUGAACCUGGUGGGACUGAUUGAAGUGACCCUCCACAUGCUGCCCAUGGUCAAGAAAGCCCGGGGCAGGGUUGUCAACAUGUCCAGCUGUGGGGGCCGUGUUGCUGUCAUUGGUGGAGGCUACUGCGUCUCCAAGUUUGGUGUUGAGGCUUUCUCUGACAGCAUCAGGCGUGAGCUCCGCUACUUCGGGGUGAAAGUCAGCAUCAUCGAGCCGGGCAACUACCGGACAGCCAUUCUGGGCAAGGAGGGCCUGGAGAAGCGCAUGCGCAAGCUGUGGGAGCGCCUGCCUCCCGAGACCCGCGAGAGCUACGGAGAGGAGUACUUCCGGAUCUAUACUGACAACUUAAAGAGCACAAUGCAGCUGGCAGAGCCAAGGAUCAGCGAAGUCACCAACAGCAUGGAGCACGCCAUUGUUUCCCGGAGCCCUCGCAUCCGUUACAACCCUGGCCUGGAUGCCAAACUCCUGUACCUCCCGUUGGCUAAGUUUCCCACCCCUGUGACAGAUUUCAUCCUGAGCCGGUACCUUCCAAGGCCAGCAGACAGCGUCUGA